AUGCCGAAGAAAAGGGCCACCAGAUUGCAAGGUCCCUUCCAGAAGUGGGGAUCAGAAGACAAGUGCCGGAGACACCGGUGGAAGCUGCAGAGACACCGGUGGAAGCUGCAGAGACACCGGUGGAAGCCGCAGAGGCACCGGUGGAAGCCGCAGAGGCACCGGUGGAAGCCGCAGACGCACCGGUGGAAGCCGGAGAGACACCGGUGGAAGCCGGAGACACACCGGUGGAAGCCGGAGACACACCGGUGGAAGCCGGAGACACACCGGUGGAAGCCGGAGACACACCGGUGGAAGCCGGAGACACACCGGUGGAAGCCGGAGACACACCGGUGGAAGCCGGAGACACACCGGUGGAAGCAGGACACACCGGUGGAAGCUGGAGACACGCCGGUGGAAGCAGGAGACACACCGGUGGAAGCUGGAGACACGCCGGUGGAAGCUGGAGACACGCCGGUGGAAGCAGGAGACACGCCGGUGGAAGCUGGAGACACGCCGGACACACCGGUGGAAGCUGGAGACACGCCGGUGGAAGCUGGAGACACGCCGGUGGAAGCCGGAGACACGCCGGUGGAAGCAGGAGACACGCCGGUGGAAGCAGGACACACCGGUGGAAGCAGGAGACACACCGGUGGAAGCCGGAGACACACCGGUGGAAGCCGGAGACACACCGGUGGAAGCCGGAGACACACCGGUGGAAGCCGGAGACACACCGGUGGAAGCCGGAGACACACCGGUGGAAGCCGGAGACACACCGGUGGAAGCCGGAGACACACCGGUGGAAGCCGGAGACACACCGGUGGAAGCCGGAGACACCGGUGGAAGCUGGAGACACCCGUGGAAGCUGGAGACACACCGGUGGAAGCAGGAGACACCGGUGGAAGCUGGAGACACCCGUGGAAGCUGGAGACACCCGUGGAAGCAGGAGACACCGGUGGAAGCAGGAGACACCGGUGGAAGCAGGAGACACCGGUAGAAGCUGGAGACACCGGUGGAAGCAGGAGACACCGGUGGAAGCAGGAGACACCGGUGGAAGCAGGAGACACCGGUGGAAGCAGGAGACACCGGUGGAAGCAGGAGACACCGGUGGAAGCUGGAGACACCCAUGGAAGCAGGAGACACCGGUGGAAGCAGGAGACACCGGUGGAAGCAGGAGACACCGGUGGAAGCAGGAGACACCGGUGGAAGCAGGAGACACCGGUGGAAGCAGGAGACACCGGUGGAAGCAGGAGACACCGGUGGAAGCUGGAGACACGCCGGUGGAAGCAGGAGACACAGGAGUACAAAUGA